CACUAGAUGUCAACAUUAUUGUUGGGGAAUUGGGAAUGGAAUUUUGUUUUUAUUUAUUUUUUUCUAAAUGUUUGUACAUUUGUGUUCAGUGUGAUUUCUUUGCUGUCAGAUAGCUUUCAUCUCAUUUAUUUAUUUUUCUUAUUUUUGUAUAGUUCUUUGUUGUUUGUUCUCUGCUCAAAUUUUAAUCUAAAUUUAUACUACAUAUAUAUUUUAUACUUACAUACAUAUUAUAUACCACUAGGUAUAUUAAUUUUUUUUUGGCAAUUUUAUAAAUUAUAAGUGUGGUGUCAAUAUAAGUUUCGAAUUUUUUUUUUUUAAUAUUUUCUUCUAUUAAAAAAUAGUACAAUUAUAAUAAAAAAAAAAGCACAAUGUUAAAUGUUCCAAAUGAAGGAAAGGUUAGAGGUCACCAAAGAGUGCCAUCAGAUUCAAAAGAAUUUCAUGAAGUAACUAAACGUGAUGCAUUACAAUUAUUGGAAAAUGAAUUGGAUAAAUUAUUACAAACAUCAUCAGAUAAAAAACGUUUGGCACUUGCUAAUGAAAUGAAACGUUUCUCAGAUCUUUUUGGUAGAUUCUUACAAGAAGAGGGUCCAUCAAUUGAUUGGAGUAAAAUACAAAAACUGCCAGAAGAAGCUGUGAAAGAAUACAAUAGCUUGAAACCACCGAAAAAUGAUGAUGCUAUAAAACAAAUGUUGGAUAAAUUAAUUGUUAUCAAAUUGAAUGGUGGUCUUGGUACCAGUAUGGGUUGUCAUGGACCAAAAUCUGUAAUUCCAGUGAGAUCAGAUUUAACAUUUUUAGAUUUAACUGUCCAACAAAUUGAGCAUCUAAAUAAAACUUACAAUUCAAAUGUUCCUUUAAUUCUUAUGAAUUCAUUUAAUACAGAUGAAGAUACUGAAAAAAUUAUUCGUAAAUAUCAAGGUUUUCGUGUACCAAUUUUUACAUUUAAUCAAAGUUGUUUUCCACGUAUAAGUCGUGAAUCAUUUUUACCAAUUGCAAAAGAUUUUAAUGUUGAAAAUGAUAUUGAAGCAUGGUAUCCACCCGGUCAUGGUGAUUUUUAUGAAUCAUUUCAAAGUUCUGGUUUAUUAAAGAAAUUUAUUGAUGAAGGACGAGAAUAUUGUUUCUUAUCAAAUGUUGAUAAUUUAGGUGCAACAGUUGAUUUAAAUAUUUUAAAUAAAUUGAUUGGUGAAGAGAAAAAUGAGAAACCAAUUGAAUUUGUUAUGGAAGUAACAGAUAAAACAAGAGCUGAUGUUAAAGGUGGUACAUUAAUUCAAUUUGAAAAUAAAUUGAGAUUAUUGGAAAUUGCACAAGUAUCAAAAGAGCAUGUUGAUGAUUUUAAAUCAGUAAAAACUUUUAAGUUUUUCAACACCAAUAAUAUUUGGGCGAAUUUAAAAGCUAUUGAUCGCGUUAUUAAUCAAAAGGGAUUAAAUAUGGAAAUAAUUAUUAAUAAUAAAACAUUGGAAAAUGGUUUACGUGUUAUACAAUUAGAAACUGCUGUUGGUGCCGCUAUGAAAUGUUUUGAUGGUGGUAUCGGUAUAAAUGUACCACGUUCACGUUUCUUACCAGUUAAAAAAACAUCUGAUCUAUUAUUGGUUAUGUCAAAUUUAUAUAAUUUAAAGAAUGGAAGUCUUGUUAUGUCACCACAACGUAUGUUCCCAUCAACACCCUUAGUAAAAUUGGGUGAAAAUCAUUUUUCUAAAGUUAAAGAGUUUUUGGGACGUUUUGCCAAUAUACCCGAUAUUAUAGAAUUAGAUCAUUUAACAGUAUCUGGUGAUGUAACAUUUGGCAGAGGUGUUUCAUUAAGGGGAACUGUUAUUAUAAUUGCUAAUCAUGGUGAUCGUAUUGAUAUACCAGCUGGAGCAAUAUUAGAAAAUAAAAUUGUAUCAGGCAAUAUGCGUAUUUUGGAUCAUUAAAAAGUAAAAAAAAAAACUGGAGAUUAUACAAAUGUUGCAAAAUUACUAUUAAAAACUAAGAAUAUCUUAAUAGUUUUAAGUCAAAAGAAAUAUUAUUGUAUUAAAUUUCAAAAUGUUUGUUUUUAAUAUAGCAAAAAAAAAUGAAAUAUCGCGCAAAGUUAUUGAAAAAAUAAAUAAAAUUGUUGAUUUUGUAGAGUCUUAGAAAACUAUUGUGCAAUAUGUUAUACAUCAUAAAAAAAGAAAAAUUGUUUUAAUUCGUAAAUUACAAAAAAAUUGUUAGAAUUUUUUCUUUUAAAUAUAUUUUUGGUCGUAGUUCUGUUUUAUUGAAUUUACGUUUAGAAAAUUUUUAUUUUCAAAAUUUAAUAAUUUAUCUGCAUUAAGCUAUGCAGGUAAAAAUAAAUUAAUACAAUACAUAUUUUUUUUAAAUUAGCUUUUUUCCUAAAUUAAAAAAAAUAUUAUAAAAAUUAAAGUGUAAACUCAAAAAUAUGGGUACUUUAUAAAAAAAAGAAAAGGAAAUUAUUACAAUAAAUCACAAUAAAAUUUGUUUGUUUUUUAAUAA